AUGGAGACCACUCGACUGAAUUUGGAAGGGUUGUCUCAGUCACUUGAGGAAGAAAGAAGCCUUCAGAAGGAUAUGUCUCCUUUACAGACCGAACUGGCUCCAAGGAAGUACACUAGUCUGCAUUGGAAGCAGCCUUCUAAGGUUGGUGCGGGCCUCCUGAACACAGGAAAUACUUGCUACAUGAAUGCCAUCCUGCAGUGUCUGACGCACACAGGCCCACUUGCAAGCCACAUGCUCUCUCGUGGCACCUGCCAGAUGCCUUGCCACCAGAAAUCCUGCAUGAUGUGUGUGGUGCAAGCUCACAUGAAAAGGGCUUUCCAGCACUCUGGGGACACAAUCCAGCCCUCCUAUGCCCUGGGUGCUGGCUUCCAUAUGUCGUUGCAGGAAGAUGCCCAUGAAUUUCUGAUGUUCCUCUUUGAGUCCAUGGAGCAAUCCUGUCAGUCUUGUCCCAAGGGCUUAGAUCUUCUGGUUCAGGAGUCUAGCCUAAUCCGUGAAAUCUUCGGAGGGUACUGGAGGUCUCAGAUCAGGUGUCUCCAGUGCCAUAGCACUUCAGACACCUUUGACCCUUAUGUGGACAUCCCGCUGGAUAUCGAGGGAGCUCAGAGUGUUGGCCAGGCUUUGGGAAGACUGGUGAUGCCCGAAGAGCUGAGUGGGGAAAACUCCUAUCAUUGUGCGGCUUGUCUGCAGAAAGUGUCUGCUUCCAAGACCUUGACUCUGCAAAGUGCCUCCAAGGUCCUCGUCCUUGUACUGAAAAGAUUUUCUUCUUGGACAGGUGACAAACUUGAUAGGGCAGUGCAGUUUCCUGAGAGUCUUGAUAUGCAACCAUACAUGUCUCAGCACAAUGCGGAAGCACUUGUGUAUGACCUCUAUGCUGUGCUGGUUCAUGCUGGGCUGAGCAGGCACAGUGGACAUUAUUUCUCCUACAUCAAAGCUGGGAAUGGCCAAUGGUAUAAAAUGGAUGAUGCUAAGGUGACCAGCUGUGAUGUUUCUUCUGUGCUGAGUCAGUGUGCCUAUGUCCUCUUUUAUACCCAGAGGAGCAGUGAUCUUAAUGGACACCAUGAUGCUGUGUUACUAAGCAGGAACCCAACAGCUCCAGAGGCUGAAGAAAAGGAGGGAAGAACACACCAACUAGAUAAGACAAAGUACUCUCAUCUGAAACAUUUAGAGUCACAGCCAGAUGCGGAGAGUCCAGCAGUGAAAGAAAUCUCCCUAGACCAGUGGAAAAGCUUCCAGGAACAAAACCGGCCAAAGUCAGAGUUCAACCUCAGGAAAAUAGAGUUCACACAGGAUUCCAAUCUAGUCAUGAUUCAUCCUUCUAAACACAGGGAUCAGAUGAGAGGAAAUCAUUCUGAUAAGGAAAAUCCUUUAUCCCAAAAUUGUUACCAGAGUACAACAGGCCAGAUGUCCAGAAAUAGUGAUCAAGACCCUUGUAAGGACACUACGGCCAGAUCCAACAAGAGAAAGAACAAGCAAAGGAAGAAAGAAAAGAACUCCAGAGAGAAGCUGCCACCUGGACAAGACUAUUACCAGACUUUCAGUCCCGAGAAGGUACCUGUGCUGGCCUUCUCCUAUUGGAAUCUUAUACAUGAGGUCCUACAAGUCCGCCAUUAUCGGGCAGAUGUUUCCAAGGCUGGAUUUGGCCAGCCAAAGGCAGGACAACAGCGGUGCGGUCACUGUGUCCUGCUACCUGUGUGGCCAGGACAGAGAGCCUUACGCCUCCAAGGCAGCCGGAACCCGGUUAGAGAACCUGGUUAG